AUGACAGUUCAUCGUACAUUGAUUAAUCUUUUGAUUUAUUUAUGUUAUUUGUCAACAUUUUCCAACUCUUAUGUACUACUUUAUCAUACGGAAAAUUUACCGUCAGUACAAUACUACGAUUGUAUUUAUUAUAAACAACCACAAUAUGAUCAUAAUAAUCAAGGGGUAAAAUACUGUCGUCAAUUAAACGAAAGUAAACCAUUACAACGUGAUUUCAAUGAAUUUUGUCAUAAUGGUGGUCAAUUAUGGUCAUUUGAAAAAUUAUCACGCCUUAAUGUAUCGGUAUUAAAUGUUUUGCAAUGGAGUUCAAGUGUAGAACAAACUGAUCGUUAUUCGAAAUAUCUAUUCAACAAAUCAUCUAAUAUGAAAGAUGAUUAUAUAUGUAACUGUACAACUUCAUCUACAUUUGGGAAAUUUUGUGAAUAUGAAUUUUAUGGUGACAUCACUUCUUUCUCUGACGCAAUUGCAAAACAGUUUAAACCACUUGGCAAUUUCUUUAUCAGCAGUAGCACGAUUCGUGUUGGUAGUCAACUUCAUGAUAAUCGACCAUGUUAUAUAACAUGGACAUGUGAUUCUGGAUUGAUGUGUUUGGAUUGGAGACAUAUUUGUAAACAACAAUGUAUGGAUGGUUUAGAUGAAGAUUAUUGUGAAACUUUAGAAUUUAACGAAUGUAAAAAUGAUGAAUAUCGAUGUGAAAAUGGAAUGUGUAUUCCAGAUGAAUAUUGGUUAGAUGGGGAUUUUGAUUGUAUGGAUUGGACAGAUGAGUCGGACACUAUUAUUGAGUCAGGUAUCGGCUGUUUUAAUUCACCUUCAUUCAUUUGUGAUGAACAUUUCUGUCCUUACAAUCAAUGGUCAUGUGGUGAUGGUCAGUGUGUUGCUGAUUCAACUGAUCGACACACAGGUGUUCGAUUUGCUAGAUUAGUAUUUUAUCAAAACAUGAGAGAUAUUAACUACAUGUGUGAAGCAGUUAUACGAGAUUCAAAAUCAUGGUGGACCAUUGAUAAAGGAUAUUGUUUACCUUAUUCAAUUGCCUAUCAAACGUCGGGCUUAGACUCAACAGCUAGUUGGAAUAAAUGCACAUUCGCUAUGAAAUGUGCAUUGAGUAAUGGUCUUGACCAAGACUGUACAUGCAAAAAUGCCGUUGCGUGCCGUUCAGUAGGUAUUGAUUCAUGUGAAUAUUUGUAUCUUUUUUAUCCAGGAUUAGGUUCACUCCUUGCUCCGUAUAUUAAUAUGAUCUAUGAACGUGAUCGAGAUUGGACAAACAAGAUACCAGACAGAGUUCUAUACAAUGGACGAGUGAAAUGUAUUGGUUACCAGAUGACUACGAUUGGCGGUUGGUGGUGGUCAACAGACGAAACAUUUUUGUUCUAUUCCUAUCGACUAUCCGAAUAUCGUAUGUGUGAUAUGGUAUAUGGAAUUGUACACAAUCGAAGUCAUACAGCUCCGCAUUAUGAUGAGAAUUGUUGGAAUAAUUCUAAAACAUUUAACAAUAAUCCCUAUCAAGUUUUAUUUCUCUGUUAUUCAAGAUUGCAGUCUAUCAAUAACUCAUGUCCAGAAAUUCAACGUCAUCGUUUCCAAUGUUCAUCGUCUGAACUAACAUGUUUAUUAGUCGGUGCAUUGGGAACUUGGGGAAAUGAUUGUUCCAACGGACGAGAUGAAUUCGAUAGCCAAACUGACAGUGUUGUAUCAAAAACUAUAGGCUGUUGGAAAAAGACUGAGGCAGGAUGUGCUUUUGCUAGAAAGUAUAUUAAAACUUCAUCAGAGAAUAAUACAAACAAAAUCAGCAGUGUUAAUAAUUCUAUUCUCAACUAUGAUUCACCAACAAUAAUUUCAUUUCGAUCAUAUUGUAAUUCAUUUUUCGACACACAGUCAGCAUUUGAUGAAUCAACAGAGUUAUGUGAAAAAUGGAUCUGUUUGAGUGAUCAAUAUCAAUGUUUAUCCGGACAAUGUAUCUCUCAAAGUUGGGUUUGUGAUGGUGAAUGGGAUUGUAGUGAUGGAUCAGAUGAGCAACGUCUUUUUAUUAUGAAUCAUCUCAGUGAACAUAAUUCCAAAUUGAUAAAUUUAACCAAACUAAAAGAACAAUGUCAACAACAAUAUCGUUUAGAUAAUACUCCAUUUUUUGAUAUUUGUAAUAUUUCAUUUGAAUAUCCAUGUUUUCGAACUGGUAUUGAUGAUCCAUUAAAUAUUAAACUUAAUCAUCCAUGCAUCAAUUUAACACAAAUUGGAGAUGGAAAAACAGACUGCUUGACUGCUCUUGAUGAAAGAAAUCGAUUACAAUGUACAAGUCAUGGUAUGUUGGGUUUUCAUUUUCAAUUCAAUGAUAGUUUUUGUAUACGAUAUACUGAUAUGUGCAAUGAUCACAAUCCAUGA